GUUUCUCCUUUCUUCCAGCUCCACAAGCCUCCUCCCUUCACUCGGCGGGCCGUCUGUUUUCCACAAGGCACCAGUCACUUACCUCGGGGGCUCGCGCCUCGGGAGGGAUGAGAGAAGCGAAGCAUUGCGCUACACCCCACCUCAGAGAGGGCAGUGGAGGAGGGCGUUGAUGCGCACGCGCGCACGUCGGCCGGACUUGGGGCCCAAAUUGUCGCGGGCCCCCACGGGACUUUUUUUUUUUUUUUUUAACCUUUCGAACGCGUGCACGGACUUGAGCGGGUUCUCGCGGCGGGCGCGUGCCAGUACGCACGCGCGCUCAUUCCCGUCGCUACAGUUAGUCUGCUGGGCGCUGGGUUGCGGAGCUGUCCGCUCUGUCGGCCGCCUCCUUGCGCAGCAUCCGCGAGGUAGCUUCUCGGACGCUCUCUUGGUCUGUUCGCCCACCUACGAGUUCCUGGGGGUCGCCAAACACCCCGUACCGCCCCUUGUUGGGAGCUCUGCCGCAGGUAUUUAAGGAAUGGCCCUGAGGACCUGAGGAAAAUCAAGGUGAUGUCUUCCCCCAGACUCAUCCCCACCUGGAAGGAUUUUAGCUACCUCAUAAAUGACAUCAUACAAAAAAGCAAGGAAUCUUUAGAUGACUCAAAGAGUGAAACAGUUGUGCUAAGUGACCGGUCCCAGACACUAUUCAAAGAAUCUCGACAUCCUCAAAAUAUGCCACUUAUAUGCCAUUACUUCUGUGAUGCCGACUUCUUUGCCUCCCUCUCCUGGGUGACACCCCACACAAAAGAAAUGCAGGCUAUAGUGUGGACAAAGAGCAAAUCUGAGGACAUGGUUGAGAAGAGAGCUUUCUCCAUGACCGAGCGACUGCCACCCAUCCAGUCAAUGGCGCACACAGGUUCCUUCCAUAUCCUCGUGGCCUACUGUGGUGACAUGAUCCUGCGCCUCUUCGGGGACCACUUUCGGGCGUUCAAACCCCUAGCCACUGUGCCCUGCCGCUUCAACAUCAACUGUCUCUGCUAUGACCCAGAAAUGAAGAUGCUUCUGUCUGGCACCCGGGGGUCAGUGGUCAGCUGGGUCAUUGAUCAAAGUGGCAAGGGCCUGCAGAUGGCUCACACGAUUUCCAUGCCUGGUGAUGAGCUUGUCCAGGACAUCGUGCUGAAUGGCCCCAACGGCUCCCUCCUAGCCCUGUGUGAGACUGUGGUGAGAGCCCUUGCGCGCCAGGGCCAGGGCAGGCUGGGAGAGGUGAAGAAGUUCAUGUCCACCAGGAGUGGCUCCUCUAUCACCUGCUGCUUCACCUCCUUGGAUAAGGGUUUUCUCUAUGCUGGAAACAAGGCUGGGGAAAUCCAAGUAUGGAACCUCAGUCACAGCCACGCCCUCCACAAUUUCAAGGCGCACUCCUCAUCUGUGGUUUGUAUCCGCAGCCGGUCCGAGGCCAACACCCUGCUAACAGCCGGCCACGAAGGCUUGAUGAAGGAGUGGAACCUUACUUCAGGGACCCUGCUUCGGCAACUAGAACUUGGUGAGGAGCUGUACCGCCUCCAGUUUAUUGAUGACACUACCUUCUUCUGCCAAAGUACCCAUACGUUUUCCUUGUACCGUCUACCCUGCUUCUAUAAUCUCUUCCACGUCUGUGGGUCUGCUCCCCAGCAGGUACAUCGGGUCUGCUGUGGCGAUAACUGGUACAGGAUCCUGUGCAUUACAGAAGAUGGCCUGUUGCGCUUUGUGUCCCCAUUAACAGGGGAUCUUCUGCUUUUCACCUGGCCCCUCUCCAUCCUGGACGAGGCUGUGGAUUGGGCCUAUGACCCGCGUAAAGAGGAGCUCUUUGUGGCAACGGGCAGCACAGACGUGCUGGUGUUUGACACAACCCGCUGUCCUUGCCCAGCCAAAUAUCUUUUAUGCACCUCACCAAAUCCUCAGGACUUUGUACACUGCCUGGCUUACGGGCAUUUCCACCUGGGGCGAGGGAUGGAAGGACUGAUAUUCUCUGGGCACCAGAGUGGUAUAAUAAGAGUGCUUUCUCAGCAUAGCUUUGCCCGAAUAGAGAAAUUCAUACACUAUGGGGCUGUACUGGCACUCUCUACGCUGUCUGCGAGGCUUCUGAGUGGCCGGGAAAACUCUUUGCUGUGUUCCUAUGGGAUGGAUGACUAUAUACACUUAUCAGAAGUUGUGCUUGAUAGGAGCAAAGUACAACUGCAGCUCCUUGCAAGCAUUCUCAGCAGCUGUCCCCUAAAACAACUGGUACUCACAAGAAUAUGAAGAGAAGGAGGAUGACAGCUUCCUAGAAACGAGAAAAUCCAAGGAUGGAACCUACAGUGUCCUUAUGGACUCAGCAAACCGCAGUUGGCUGGGCAGAAAAAUGAGUGAAAUAGCUAUUAGUAACCUAGUUGAGACGAUCCUCAAUAUUAUGAUCCAUGCUUCCCCACUGAAGUACCAGCGCUGUAUUGGCGCACUAGGGCAGAUCUUUGCGUCUUACCAAGUGUCUCCAUCCCUGCGCUCUGAGACUGCCCACCGUCUGCUGGAUGAUACAACCAAUUCCAACCCACUGAUCCGAGAGCUAGCCUGGGAAGGGCUGAAGCGUCUAGGAAUGGUCACUCAUCUCUUUGCCUUGCCUCUGGCCCAAGGGUUAAUGGAUAAGGAUGAAAGAGUGAGGAAUAAGGCCCUCAACAUCAUGCCUGAGACUGGAAUCCACUCCAGGACCUCACUCUUAAACUUGAUCCAGGGACAAGAGACUUUCCAGGAAAUGAAGCAAGAGAUGAUUGGGGAUGAAUCCCUGGACCACCUGCUGGGGAUGCGGCCCACAGAUCUCCAAAUCCUUUUCUCUCAAGUGCAGCAGCGACUGAAUGAAAACCUGACCUUGUCAAAAGAAGAUAGGGAAUUUUAUUUUUCUUUACAUAUCGCAAGGCCUUCUGUACCUUCUAUACAACCUGCCACUGUUCCUGAAGAAUCUGAUGUCAAGCGCAGCAAAGGGCAAAGACGGGGCCGAGCAGUGGGCAGAAAGCACACGCGAAAAUUGUUGCGAGGUCUCAGAAAGAUGAAAGAGGGAGACUUUAAACAGAUGAGCACAGAGCCGGGCCCAGUAGAAGGUGAAAUUGAUCAGAGUGAAACUGUGCCACCUGAGAUGGAGGACACAACUUUCUCCUCCAGGUUUUCAGUUGGUAGUCUAAAGGGCUCUCAAGAUUAUGAACCUUCAGAGAUACAUGUCUCAGAGGGUCACAUUCCUCUGGCCCAGAAGAUGCUAAAGAAAAUGCCUGAUACAAGAGGUAAGAAAGCUACAGCUCAGAAACCCAUAAAGAAGCAAAAGAAAAGAAAAGAGGAAAAAGUUUUAAUUGAGGAAGCUUUCCCUACUAUAAUAGAAGAACCAAUUAGGACAAAAAUUAAACCUCCGGGGCGGGGUGCUGCUGGAGUGCCUGGCCAUAGGUCUGCAGAUAGCAUCUCAUGGCGGGAUGAUCUAUGUCGUCUUAUGACCCUGAGGAUAUCUGGUUCCCAAACAAAAAUGUCAGAAGAUCUAAACACUGAGUUAGUGACUACGGCUCAGGAGAUUCUGGCAGAUCGGCGCCCCAGCUGGGAACUCUUUCAGGAGAUCUGCCCUGUGUUGAAGAAAGAAAGCAAGGGUAUGCUUGAGGACCUUGCCAAGGAUGUAGCUGAGGACCUUGCCAAGGAUGUAGCUGAGGACCUUGCCAAGGAUGUAGCUGAGGACCUUGACAGGGAUAUAGUUUGGCCAGAGGAGAAACCAAGUUUUAUCCAUGAAGAAGCAAUUAGAGAGGACAUGGUUAUCAGAGACAAGAAAGAGAUACCAGUAGAGCAAGAAGGGCAAGUGCAAAAGGAAGAAAGGGACGUGCAGGGCUUGCAGGAAGUGGUUCCAAAAAAAGGCAAGAAAAAGCAAGUUAUUAUUUUAGAACUAAGUGACCUAACUAAGAAAAAACAAAAGUCAAAGAAGGAAGAAAAGAAAUCUUCCAAGAAGAUAUCUAAGGAAGAGAGGAAAACAGAGCAGGAGGAAAGUACAGUAGGUAAAAAGGGGACGAAAAUGACCAAAGGAGAGAAAGAUGUGAGCAAGAAAGUAGAGGAAAUGACAAAAGCAGAAGAGAAAGUGGUUGAACCAGAAAAAAAGCCAGUUGCUGGAAAGAAAUUGUCUUGGCAGGAGUGGAAGAGCUCACAGGAUCAGUGGAAACAGGCUCACAGUGACAGGAAGAUAUCCUGGGAAGAAUGGAAACAAGACCAGGACAAAAUCCACCUUCAGGAAGAGAAGAAAUUAACCGAGGCUAAAGAAAAGUUAUUUCUAGAGGAAAAAAUGCAGGAGGGGAAGGAAAAGAAGCUGAGUUUGGAUGAGUGGAAAAAGGUCUGGGAAAAUGUACUUUCCUCCAGGCCCAAGGAUGAGAAAGAACUGACUUUAGAAAAAAGGCAACAGCGGGAGGAAGUAGCUAAGGAACUGCAAAGAGAAAGAGAAGACAAAAAAGCAGAGCUGGCCACCACAGAAAAGCAGAGACAGAUCCAGGAAGAGCAGAUAAAGGUCAUGGUACAGAAAAGAGAAGAAGACAAAAAGGAGGAAAGAUUCGCACAAGAAGAGGGAAGGCUGACCCAAGAAUAUGUGAAAAUGUCCCUGAAAGAUGAGAAAAUGGCCCGCAUAGAGAGUAAGUUUGCCCAGAAAGAGGAAAAACUGGCCCAAAAAGAAGAAGAGCUAAGCCACAAAGCAGAGCGAUUGGCCCACAAAAGGAAGAAACUUGCCAAGAAAUUGAAGAAAAUUGCUCAAGAAGAAGAGAAACUAGCAAAGAGAAUAGAGAAAAUUAUUGAGGUAAAAACACUAUUGGUCCAGAAAGCAGAAACACUAAAGCAGAAGGAGCAAAGUCUAGAAUGGCAAGAAAACGAGCUGGCCGAGGAACUAGAGGAGCUGGAAAGGAACCUGAAAGACCUGGCUUCAAAAGAAGUUGAGCUGAACCAGGAACAAGAGAGACUGGUUAAGGCAAAGGAGGAACUGGCUGAGGAAAAGAAGAUACUGGCCUGGCGAGAGGAGAAUCUGGCUAAGAAAGAGAAAUCACUGGCCCAGGAAGAAGAGCUGCUGGUGCAGGAAGAAGAGAAGCUGGCCCAGAACAAGGAAAAAGACCCCAAGGAAGUAAGGAGAUUGGCUCAGAGAAGGCAGAAACUGACAGAGGACAAAGAGAAACUGGCCCAGGAAAGGGAAAAACUGGUCCACAACAAGAAAGAAUUCACACAGAACAAGGAGAGACUAGCCCAAGAGGAAGAGAAUCUGGCUCAGAAAUGGAAGAAUUUGGCUCAGAAAAAGGAAAAACUGGUUCAGAGGAAAGACGAUCUCCACCAUAUCAAAGAAGAACUCCUCCAGGAGAGAGAGCAAUUAGCUCAGGCGAAGAAGAAAAUAGAUAUGUACAAGGAGACACUGGUUCAGGUAGAAGAGAAGCUGAAGCAGGGGAGGGAGGUAGUGGUGAAGAAGAAGGAGAAGCUGGAUGCUAUACAGAAGAAACUGGAUCAAGCAGGUGGGACUCUGGCUAGAAACCAGGAGAAAGUGGCCCAGAAAAAAACAGAAUUAUCUGUGGCAAAGAAGGCAGUGCUCCAAGGAAGGAAAAUGCUCAGAGAUGAGCUGGAUGUUGCUAAGAAAGAAAAGACAUUGAACAUAAAAAGGAAGGUGACAGUACUUCAAAAACUAAUCAGUGAUGAAAGGAAAAUAACCCAGGAAGAAACAAAGAGGACAAAGAUAAAGCGGUCACUUGUUGUCAUGGAGAGCAGACUGAGCAAGGAACAGAGCAGACUUGAUAUCAAAGAGUUGGAUUUUUCUGAGGAAGAAUCAAAAUUGGCCAAAGCUGAAAAGAAACUGGCUGAAAAGCAGAGAGACAUGGCCAAAGAAAUAAGAACUAUUACAGACCAGGAGAAAAAAAUGCCUGAAGAAAAAAGUAAAUUGGCCAAGGAACAGACAGAAGUCAUAGAGGCUGUAGAAAAGGAAGGAGUAAUACAGGAGGAAGAGGAAAUCCUAUCCCUUAAACAAAAGCAGAAAAAGAGAAAAAAAUCAAAAGAAAUUGAUACCCUAAAGAGAAAGCUUCGCAGAAAAGUGGAUGAGAGAGAAAGUGAAAAGAGCAUUUCUAAGAAAAUAGAAAUCCUGCUAGAAGAAGUAGAGCAAGAGAGUUUGUCUGAGGAGGAGGAGGAGGAAGAAGAGGAAGAAGAGGAAGAGGAACAAGUAGAAGAGGAAUUAGAGGAGGAAGAAGAGGAGGAAGAGGAAGAAGAAGAAGAGAAGGAAAAAAAGAGGAAAGAAGAGAAGAGGAAGAAAAGCAAGGUGGAAGAAGAUGAAGGUUUCAAGGAGGAGGAGAAAAGCAUGAGUGAGGAGGAGCUGGAAAGUUCAAGUGAGACAGAAGAGGAGAGAAGCUCAGUAAAACUGGGCAAGGAAAAAGAUAUCUUAAAAAGAGAACUAUUUAAGCUACAAGAAGAAAGAAGAAAGGACCUACAAAGAAGGAAAAUGGUCCCUUCUAUUGGAGAAAGACCCAUUGGGGUCAAAGGCAGUGGUAUAAAACUGGGAGUUUUAAAAGUCCCUUCCAGACAACCAGUCUCAGUACGUAUGGAUAUGGGAGGGAAGAUACAAAUGCCACUGCCAGUUACACAAACAUUCUUAGAAGAGAAAACCACAGCACUCCAGACAUGGAGUAUAUCCUCAAAGGUACAGUUGAAGGAUAAAGAAAGAGAACUGUUUGAAAAAUGGAAAGACAUGCCUCUACACGUGCUGGAUACAAUUUCAGUGUCCCAAGAGCAGGACAUGAAGACACCAUUCAUGUCCGGCAUAUUCAGGAAAACCAUGGAGGCUCGCAAACUCAAACACAGACUCCCAGAUGCCAGGUGGAAGUGGCUUUUGCAGCAUCAUCCAUCUCUGAUAGGAUACAGUAAGGUACAACCCCCUGUUGCCCGGAUCCUGGUUGACAAACAACAUCCAGAGAUACAGGUAAGCCUCUCAGACACGGAGUGGAUCCACCAGGUCCUAGAACGGAUGGAAGCAGGGGAACAGCUUUCCAGAGACAGCUUCCACAGGUUGUGUCAGCUCCUCAAAGACUUGACUUCAGAGGGAAACUUAGAGUGGCUACGUCCAGCCACACUCGGAACCAUUGUGCACCAUCACUUGCAGGCACUGCAGUCACAAAGCACAAGGGCCACGCAGCCCAGCAGGGAAUUCAUGACUCUGAAACACCGGAAAGUGAUUCCUCCUAUAAAAGGAAAGGAAAAGGAAAGUUGGGAGGAGCCCAUGUGUCUGAAAUACCUGAAAGUGAUUCCUCCUAUAAAAGGAAAAGAAAAGGAAAGUUGGCUAGAACCUUUGACUGUCCCCACACCAAAGUCCCCAUUAGCUGCCAAGACAAUUAUAGACCCAAAGGCUACAAACUGGCAUCUUCUAGGUGAGCCUUACAGGAGUGCACAGAUACAGCAGUUAUCCAAUGCUCUCAGAGAAAUGCAGACACAUUUUCAUCCUGCCACAAGAGACCUGUUCACAGGUGCCCAUGCCUCUGUGGACAAACAAACCCUGGCACUAAUGUUUCAGAAGGACCUUAGGGCUUUUAUGGAUAAGGGCAGAUUUCCCAAAUUGCCCAAGUUGGAGAAGAAAACACAGCCCAUCUUGCAAAAGAAGGAAAAGGUACCUCCAUGGGAGACAUUUGUGGCACUGUACCAUGUUUUGCGGAUGAUGCAACAGCGAUAUGCAAAAGACACUGCUGCUUGGAUGGAACAGUUCCAUCAGCUCAUGGACUUGUACCAGCUCAAGUCCCCCAGAAUCCAGAGGCUGCUACAAGAUCUGCUACUGACAGAGGAAACUCAGCCUGAACAGAUCAUCUAUAAAGAGGCCCUGCCGCCCACAGAGCUAGUACCUGGGGAACGGGUGUUCUACUGCCUGGUUUGUGGUGGCUCUCAUACCCCAAGCACUCUGGGGUUCCAGGAUGUGGUAGCCCUUCCUGGACAGAAUAACGUGCGCACCUUCCUUCCUGUAGGUAUUGCCAAAUACGGAAUCUUAGAACUUGCCUGGAAGAGCCUGCCCCAAGCUGAUACUUGCCUCACCAAGGAAUUUCCCCACAUCAUUGCCACCACUCCCAAAUUUGGGACUGGCUAGAGGUCAGAACUUUUCAUUCCCAACUGGAGAAGGCUCUGCUCAUCAGAAUCUAGAGCUUCAUCUCUAGGGACCAGAUCAAAGCCCUUUCCCUACCCAGCUCUGGAAACCUGUUUCUGUAUGUGAAUAAAGGAGAGGUUCUUUUUUUGCAACAAGUAAGGAACUUUGAUGUGUUCCUUUUCCCAAAAAUUUAUAUUUUAGGAAGGUCACCAGAGAUACAUAUUUCUGUGAGCGGGAAAAUAUCCCAGCAGCCAGUGGUAUUCACUCUGUGAGCUCCUGAAGAGUCUGUCCUUGUCCUCAUCCUUCCUGGUCUUCUACCAUCGCUGUCCCGAAAACAACAGGGAAGAAAGCAACUGUCACAAAACUAAUGUAUAUAGACAUUAAUAUAAGUGGUGGAAUGGAUUUAAGAAUCAGAAGACCUAACAUUUGCAUUUUAGUACCUGGAGGCGUACUGUAGGGAUUGACUCUAAUUCCCUGAUCACAGCUGAGCAUGAUGAUGACUUAAGUCCCAAACAGCAAUUGUGCUGGGUAUUGAGAUCCUUAGAGUAAAGGAAAAAGCCUCAUCACAUUUGACCCAGUACUAUGUGGUGAGUUCAUUGCUGGAUCCCACUAAAGAGGGACGCCAUUUGAGGUUAAAGCAGGAAGAAAAUGAGAAGACCCUAUGCUUUUCAUUGCCUUUGCUAUGAGAGAGUGACAUGGGGCUUGACAGAAUGAUGGAAUAAGAAUUAAGAAGACUAAGUAUAGAC